UCCAUGUCUUCCAGGUAAUCGUCUGCCUCGACUGAAGAGGAAGAGAUUCCAGGAUAUUCCCAAUGCAGUGAAUGCACAACAACCCCUCCACUGCUACUCCACCUGAUCCGACCGCACUCUCAACUUUCUGCGGCUUCACUUUUCUUUCUUUCAACCAACCCAUCCAUCUCGACUCAUCCACAGCUUGACCAGAAGACAACUGCCAUCGCGUCUUCUGCGUCACCAUGGCAGAGAGUUCUCUCGCCCAGUCAGAAGGUCUGUUGGCCCUCUGGCACUCCUACCGUCUGCCUCUCCUCGUCGCUAUAUCCACCGUGUUCUUCAUUGUCAAAGCCUACCGCAAAUCCCAAACAAAAGCCAAAACUGCCGCCUCUUCCUCCGUUCCUCCGUCACCUCGCAGCCAGUCCCCCGAGACAACUGAAAAGCCCCGCCUGGGAGAAAAUGAGAAACCAGUCAUUGCAAGAAAGGACAGCCCCCCAGCCAAGUCAUCCGGCCCAAAGAGAGUGUCAGGAAAGAAACCGGCAAAAACUAGCCGUCGAGGCGAAGCAGGAGACGCCCAGCCGUUGACCCAUAUCCAGCCCAUCAUCUUCUUCGCCUCGUUGACCGGUGCGACUGAGAGAUACGCCAAUGUGUUGCUGGAGGACAUGCGUGCCGCGGCGCAGAAGAAGGCCGACCCUGAAAACCGCGAGCGUGGUCUUCUUCCUCCCCAGAUUCACGAUCUGUCGUACAUUGAUUUCGACGACUUCUUUACCUCUGCUCCCAAGGCGCCGUCGACUUCACCUGGAACGCGCUACAUCUACUGUCUUCUGAUUCCCACGUACAACAUUGACACGGUCAUCAACACUUUCCUCAGCCACCUGGACGAGACCCACCAUGACUUCCGCAUUGACACCGGUUCGCUUUCGACGUUGGCUGGUUACUCGGUUUUUGGUUUUGGAGACAAGUCUGAAUGGCCGACCGAGGAAGAAGGCUUCUGCUCUCAGGCUAAGGAAUUGGACCGCUGGAUGGCCAAGUUGACUGGAAAAAGACGGGCCUACCCUCUUGGAUUUGGAGACGUCAACAGCGACGCCGAAGAAUCUUUGAAGGAGUGGUCUAACGGAUUGCAGGACAUCAUGUCGGAUAUCUUGGCAAAUGGUGGUCUUGGUGAAGGUGUUGCUGGUAGUGGUGAUCCGCUUGAAAGUGACGAAGAGGACUUGGAUGAUGAAGAGGGUUCUGACACCAAGGCAAAGAACAAGAAGAACAAGCCUCAGGCGGUCAUGGAUCUGGAGGAUAUCAAAAUGGGUGCCGAUGGACAAGCUACUGCGUCGCCUCUCCCGGUUGAUUUUACUACAGCAGGAAAGCCAGCUGCUCCGUUCCAGGAAGCAAAGGAGAUGGUUCCUACGACUUCGCCUACCUACGCCGCUCUCACGAAACAAGGAUAUACAAUUGUUGGCUCGCACUCUGGCGUUAAGAUUUGUCGCUGGACCAAGUCUGCGCUGCGUGGCAGAGGCUCGUGUUACAAGUAUUCGUUCUAUGGUAUCCGGUCGCAUUUGUGCAUGGAGGCUACUCCAUCGCUCUCGUGCAGUAACAAGUGUAUCUUCUGUUGGCGACACGGCACCAACCCCGUUGGCACCACCUGGCGCUGGAAGGUCGACUCGCCCGAGCUGAUUUUCAACGGAGUCAAAGAAGGCCACUACAAGAAGAUCAAGAUGCUGCGUGGUGUUCCUGGUGUGCGUGCCGAGCGCUUCGCCGAAGCCAUGCGCAUCCGACACUGCGCUCUCAGUUUGGUCGGAGAGCCGAUCUUCUAUCCUCACAUCAACCGGUUCUUGGGCAUGUUGCACGACGAGCAUAUCUCCAGUUUCCUGGUCUGCAAUGCCCAGCAUCCUGACCAGUUGGAGGCCCUGCACCGUGUUACUCAGCUUUACGUGUCGAUUGACGCCAGUAACCGCGAGAGUCUGCGCAAGAUCGACCGUCCCCUCCACCGCGACUUCUGGGAGCGAUUCCAGCGCUGCCUGGACAUUUUGCGCGAGAAGCGAUUCGUCCAACGUACCGUCUUCCGACUGACCCUCGUCAAGGGAUUCAAUGUGGAUGAUGAAGUGAUCGGAUACGCGAACCUGGUCGAAAAGGCACUCCCCUGCUUUGUCGAGAUCAAGGGCGUGACAUACUGCGGCACCAGCACCAGCGCCGGAGCCGGACUGACCAUGAAGAACGUUCCUUUCUACGAGGAGAUUUCCGAAUUCGUCGUCGCGCUCAACAAGGAGCUCGAGCGACGCGGGUUGAAAUACGGACUUGCGGCCGAGCACGCCCACAGCUGCUGCGUGCUGAUCGCGUCCGAGCGCUUCAACGUGAAUGGAAAAUGGCACACGCGGAUCGACUACGAUCGCUUCUUCCAGCUUUUGGAGCAGGAGAAGGCGGACGGUACGCCGUUUGGUCCUGAGGAUUACACGAGAGAGACUGAGGAGUGGGCGUACUGGGGUAAUGGAGGCUUCGAUCCGAACGACGAGCGAGUCUACCGAAAGGGCAAGGGACCGAAGGCCAAGGUUACUGAGGUGGAGGAAUAGUCUGAUAGACUACAAAAGCAUGACAUUCUCGUUGAAUCAAAAUCAAGGCCAACAA